AAUAACAAAGCUCGACGGGAUUACCUAACAGUUGAAUCGGCGGCUCGUCUUCUCUACAGUUGUAUAAGACAAGUCAGAAAGAAUGUCUCUACAAUAUACUCUUUUUAGGCAAAUGAGAGUGGCAAUGGCUCCGGUGUCAAGGAGAAUGGCCUCCUCAGCUAGUUCCUCUGAUGGAGAGGCUUGUGGCAGAAGUCAGCCCAAGAAAGCCAAGACUCCCAUUGGUAAACUAGACGACCAGGAGACCCCAGCUGGGCAGCACCCAUUCCAGGAGAAAGAACCAUUAGAGGCAUUCCCUGACAAUGUUAACCCAAGCACGGGGGAGGUGGGAGGCCCUCGGGGACCAGAACCCACGCGCUAUGGAGACUGGGAGCGCAAGGGGCGCGUCACUGAUUUCUAAGCUGUGGCUGCGGGUGGUUUGCGAGUGCAGAGGAUUUGAUAAGGUCUCAGGGAUCUGUUAAUGAAAAGAAAGCUAGGGCAAGUGGAAAUGUCAGAAGAACAGUCAGACAACCAGCUGUAUGCAGAUAAAAGUGACAAAUCGGAAACUUGACUUGUAAUUGUCACUGUUACCAUAUUACUGAUGUACUUUUUGUUUGUAAGUAGAGGUGCAUAAGGUAUAAUCUAUAAUUUUUCUUAAAUACUUUAUAUUUGACAUUUAUUUAACAGGUGCAUUUUGUCUUUUCUUGAAAUUUUAUUGAUUUUUUCUUUUCUGUUAUUUUUUUUCUUUUCCAUUUUUGAUAUAAAGAACUGCAAUUGGAUUUUUAUUUUUAUACCUCCUAAGAAAGUGUCUCUCAGUGUUAAUCAUUCACUUGGUGAUUAUUACUUGCUACAUAUCUAUUGAAGUUGAUACUUAAAAUAUGUCAUAACUCUAAAGUUAACUGAUUUUGAACUGUGAUGUUUUGUUUUAAAAAAUCACUGUACAUAGAAUUAUGGUGAACAUUUUUUGUUAGACUUUUAUUGUUUUUUUCUGGUGAAUUUGCAGUGCAUGGUCCUCUGUGCACUACUAGUUAUGUCUAGAAACCCAUUUUAUCUGUAUAUACUAUUUAAAUAACAAUAAAUGUGUUUCAGCGAUU